AAACAGAAUAAAGUAAAGCAAGAUUCACACCAAACAAGAUCCACAAAGCUUUGUUAUUAAAACAUGUUUGGGCAAAGGGGCGAAAGUAAAAAGUUAGUAAAACGAUGUGUGUAUCAAGGCAGCCUCUGCUUGGGGCUGCCAUUAUCUGUGCGACUCUCGUAGCUGAAGCCUGCUGCUUCUUCGUGGACUUCCCCCUCUCCACCACCACCGACAAGCUCAGUAACCUCAUUUGGAGCUACGAUGGCACCGUCUUUCAGGGCGAAGAUCACCAUGCUGCUGCUCCUCAGGAACCCCCCAUCACAAAUGCCUCUCUACGGGUCGUUUACAAACACCCAUUCAAGCUCAGAAACAGCCGCAAAAUCGCCACUUUUACAACCGACUUUGUGCUUAACUUCGGCUCCGAGAACGCCAACUACGAUGGCAUCGCCUUUAUUCUUGCGGCGGAUCCCUCCCCUCCUUCCAGCAGUGAAGGCCAGUGGCUGGGGAUUGCCAAUUCCACCACCGAUGGGACCACGGAAGCUGGAAUUUUGGCGAUUGAAUUCGAUACGAGGAAGAGUUUUCCCGAGGAUUUGGACGUGGACCAUGUGGGGUUGGAUUUGAACAGUGUUUACUCUGUCUUGCAGAUGCCAUUGUCGGAGUUUGGGGUUAACCUUUCUGCUAGGGAUGAUAUUUUUGUUAGAGCCGAAUUUGAUGGCAAGAACAUUUCUGUUUACGUCUCCUUGUCGGCCAGAUUGGAAAAUCAGUUGAAAAACCGCGUCAUUUUUCAUCCCCUCAAUCUCUCUGUUCUCCCCGACCAGGUUUAUCUCGGUUUCUCUGCUUCCAAAUUCGAUUACAUCGCUCAAUUGAAAUGGGGGGUAAAAUCGUGGCAGUUCUCCGGCGAUGAUAUUGGUGACGGACGCUGGUGGGUUUGGAUCACCGUCGGCGCCGGUGGAUUCGUUUUCUUAUCUGGGGUUGCUGCCCUAAUGCUCCUCUGGAUCACAAGAAAACAAGAAUUCAACGAUCUGGAAGAGGCAUACCCAGGGAUAGAAGACCAGUUUCAGGAUUUCUCCAUAGCCCCACGAGUUCAAAAGUUCGAAUUUCCAGAGCUGAAGAAGGCAACUGGCAAUUUCGACCCCAAGAACAGGCUCGGGAGAGGCGGAUUUGGAACGGUUUACAGAGGAAAUUUGAUGAACAGAGAUGUCGCCGUGAAGAGAAUCUCAGAGAAUUCCCGUCAAGGGAAGCAAGAAUUCGUCGCGGAAGUGGCAACAAUCGGUGGCCUCCAUCACAAGAACCUCGUGAAACUAAUGGGAUGGUGCUACAAAAAGAGAGAUCUUUUGUUGAUAUACGAAUACAUGCCCAACGGCAGCUUGGACAAGCUGAUCUUCAGCAGCCAUGACAAAUCCUCCCCAACACCCAAUUGGGAAAUCAGACGGAACAUAAUCUGCGGAGUAGCGGAGGCUCUGGAUUAUCUUCACAACGGGUGCGAGAAGCGAGUGCUACACAGAGACGUGAAGCCUUCAAACAUAAUGCUGGAUUCGAAGUUGGAAGCCAAAUUGGGUGACUUCGGGUUGGCUCGGGCAAUUCGUCGAACAGAACAGACGCAUCACUCAACAAGAGGUCUAGCUGGUACAUACGGCUACAUGGCACCAGAAAUUUUCCUAACCCGCAGAGCAACAGCAGAGACAGACGUAUACGCAUUCGGGAUUCUUGUUUUGGAAGUCGUGUGCAGGAGAAAGCGUACAAGUAAAAAUCCGUCGAGUGGGUACGAAGGCCAUAUUACAAAUUGGGUAUGGGAGUUUCAAGAGAGAGGAGAGAUUGUCGAAGCUGGUGAUGGGAGAAUUGGAGGGCAACACGAGGAAGAAGAGAUGGAGAGAGCUUUGAUUGUAGGAUUGGCUUGUUGCCAUCCGAACCCCCAUGAGAGGCCGACCAUGAAAAAUGUUCUGAAAGUGCUGAAAGGGGAAGCAGAUCCACCGAUUCUGCCGCAUGAAAUGCCUUCGUUUGUGUGGCCGCUGGUGACUCCGUCGUCGAGAGACAACACGGAUAGCUCUCCUAGAGAGACCCAACUUUCCGAUCAAUUAACAAUGACAGAGCUUGUUGGGAGAUAGAUAAAUUUAAUUGGUGAUUUUGUGUGUUCUGGUGAAAGGAUAAAAUUUUGCUGUCAGUAGAAGUAAACGUAAUAAAUUAUCCUCGUUUGGAAAGUAAA